AUGGCUGGGAACAAUUUCACGGAGGUGACUUUCUUCAUUCUCUCUGGAUUUACAAAUCACCCUGAACUGCAAGUCAGUCUUUUCUUGAUAUUUCUCUUUAUUUAUCUAUUCACUGUUUGGGGGAACCUUGGUCUAAUUAUUUUAAUCAGAAUUGACUCUCAGCUUCACACACCUAUGUACUUUUUCCUUAACAAUUUAGCAUUCAUUGACAUAUUUUAUUCCUCUACUGUAACCCCCAAGGCACUGGUGAAUUUCCAGUCGAAACAGAAAACCAUCUCCUUCUUUGGCUGCUUUGUUCAAAUGUACUUUUUUGUGGGUUUGGUGUGUAGCGAGUGUUUUCUUCUGGGAUCAAUGGCCUAUGACCGCUAUGUGGCAAUCUGCAACCCCUUACUGUAUUCAGUGGUUAUGUCCCAGAAAGUGUGCAGCUGGUUGGGAGUCAUGCCAUAUACAGUAGGCUUCACGAAUUCUCUGAUAUCCAUCUGCUUGAUAAGCAGUUUGGCGUUCUGUGAUGCCAGCAUCAACCAUUUUUUCUGUGACACCACAGCUCUUUUGGCCCUGUCGUGUGGAGAUGCCUUCAGCACAGAAAUGGUGAUCUUUGUUUUAGCUGGGUUCACCCUUCUCAGUUCCCUCUUCAUUAUCACUGUCACUUACAUGGCCAUCAUCUCAGCCAUCCUCAAGAUCCAGUCUGCGGCAGGCAGACAGAAAGCCUUUUCCACCUGUGCGUCGCACCUCCUGGGUGUGACCGUCUUUUAUGGGUCCCUGAUUUUCACAUAUCUGCAGCCCGACAACACGUCAUCCUUGACCCAGGGACAGGUGGCAUCUGUGUUCUAUACCAUGGUCAUCCCAAUGCUGAAUCCGCUCAUCUAUAGUCUGAGGAACAAAGACGUAAAAAAGGCUCUCCUGAGAGUCAUACGUAGAAAACUUUUUCCAUGA